GAGCUGCGUUUUGCGUCGAGUCAAACUAGCUAUCAACCGGCUCAUGAUGGCAGAGGAAAGAUGAAGUCAAGGCCACUCGAGAUUACAUUAAAUUAAUUCAUCCUAAACAUUCUGCCUGGACGCUGUGUUUGCAUUUUAUACGAUGUGCAUUACCUUUGCAGCACUGUUAUGGCUCCUGCGGGCUGCGCCGGCCGCCUCUCAGGGCGAACUAGUGGCGGUGCUUGACGGCUACGACAAGGAGGUGCCGCCGCUGCCCUCCCAACAUCCAGACGGACGGCUCAUCGUCAUGCUUUCCAUCCAGUUCGUGAGCAUGCUGGAGAUCAACGAGGUUCAGGGAGAGAUACAGUUCUCCUGCAUCUUCCGCGUGUGGUGGAACGACACAAGACUGCGAAAGUUCAAGAGCCCGUUGCCAAUGGUGGUGCUGACGGAACACGUCAGGAAGCUGCUCUGGAGGCCUGACAUCGUCACUGAGAACGUCCGCGAAGUGGAACAAAGCGGCAUCAUAAAGCCGACCGUCUUCAACGCGCUAUACCCGCGCCACCACACGCUGUUCUACUCGUCCUACAUCGCGCUGCGCGUUGGCUGCCCGUUUGUGUACACCAACUACCCGAUGGAUGUGCAGGUGUGCAGGAUCCAUGUGGGCACCAUGGGACUUACUAUCGCCGAACUGGACCUGCAGUGGCACAAGCUCAGCUACUCCAUGUCACAGAGCUUCCUCAAGUUCCACGACCUGUUUCGCUUGAAGGUGUGUGAGAGCAUGGACGAGCCGGUUCGCUACUCGGCCUUCGGACAACAUCCGCAAAAGACGCUGCUCAUCGUCCUAAAGAGAAACUACAGGUCCACUUUGGUUCAGGUGUACUUGCCCAGUGUGCUCUUCGUCUUGAUCGCCUGGCUCAGCGUGCUGGUGCCGCCCACCAUGCUGCGCACGCGACUUCUGCUGAACAGCACCAACCUGCUCACCAUCAUCUCCAUGUUUCUAUCCAUAUCGAAGACUGAGGCCGCCCGCGUCCCCAAGGUCAGCUACAUCACAGCUCUGAACCUGUGGAUGUUCGUCUGCGUCGCGUUCUGCUUCAGCUCCGUCCUCCUGGUUGUCCUGGAUAUUCGACUGGUGGUCCUCCUCACCAACCCAGGUCGAAAGCUCCAGGCGAUCCGUGACCUGUUCCGACCAAAGGAGAUCAUUACGAACGAAUCGUCCGUGUUCAUUGACGACGACGACGACGGCGACAGCGACGAGUUUUGGGACGCGUCUGACACGUCAGCGGAGGACCUGGAGAACACCGAGUCGACCCUGCGAGACCGUGUGGCCGAGAAGCGUCUCGAGUGGCUGUCGCGCACGGCCGGCUUCGAGCGUGUCUACCUCGUCGGCUAUCCGCUGCUGUUCACCCUGUUCACCGGCGCCUACUUCACCUACUUGCUGUGGCAUCGGAGCUCGCAGAUGGCACAAACGCUAGCCAGCGCUGGCGGCCAGGGCGCGAUCCUGCCCGGCUGCUGGUGCCGCUCGGAUGACUUCGAGCCCGGUUGCAUUCCCGAAAGAGACUACAUCAACCUAGAUUAAACAACCGACCAACCUAUAUCAACCAGUCUCACCCAGGGCUGACACAAAUGCACUCGGCUUAACAUGCGCACCGUCAACCAAACGCGACGUUUUAAGGACGUGCCGCUCAUCCCACGCACAGUUCAAAAUGCGUGCAGCUAUUUUCCUCUGACCUAGUGUGUCUUAAAACAUGGAUGAAGGACAGUGAAUUCCGGCCGUUGGAUGAACCAUGUGUAGUUGGCAACUGAGCAUUGCGUGUGGCCUGCGGGUCAAGCUACAUACUCUUUGGUAUGUGCAUCGUGUUUUGUGUGUGUAUCGUGA